AGGAAGUAUAGCAGCCUCCCUCCCUUCGGGUUGCGAGAGCAGCAGGACGUACUUCACAAAGCCCUGCUACUACAGCAAAAAUGGGUUGCACCGGCUCCAAGGCUGCCGGUAAAGGCGCGGCCGACGAGGGCGAAGCGAUCGUUCCCAGCCCCAGCAAGCAGUCCAACGGGGGAAAGCAAGAGGAAAUCGUGAAGAAGUUGAAUCAGAAUAUCGACGCGAGAACCAAGAUGACACGAAACAUCAACCUCGCGGCCAUAAAAUUCACCAAGGGUAUGCGCGCGAAGGAAGCGGAGUGGUUGAAAUCAGUCACGAAAGAAGUGAUAAGCAAAGAAACCGAGGAGAACAAACCCGCCGGUGAACAAUCGGACCCGACAGCAGGACUAGCUCCCAAACUUUCGCUCGUGCACAAGCUGGUCGCGCACCGCGGAUUCCACUUUUCCGACGACCGACUGGUACGACCCCUGGAAAAUUCGUUGGAAGCGUACGAAACCGCGUGGACAUCGGGAAUCACGAACUGUGAGUGCGACAUCGCCGCGACACUAGACGCCCGCUUGGUGUUGCUGCACGACGAGACGGUGAAGCGGAUCUGGGGCCGAACGCAGUCGGAGUUGGUGAGCGACUUUCGCAAGUCGAAGCCGAACUUGCGGGAGGGGGACGAGGAGGAUAACAAGCCCGGCGGAGAAGGUGGGGAGCAAGAAGCAGCGCAGCGCGAUCGGGAGAGUACCGCCACGGCCGAGAGUGUGUCCCCGAAAUCCAGAACCAGCAACCAGCACGUGAAACAAGAGGCACAAGAAACGCCGCUGACGAAAUUGAAACACGGUAUCGAAAAGAUUUUCGUACGUCGCUCAUGUGUAAUAGUUUGGUCUAGUAUUCUUUUUGGGAGAUCAGAUAGAUUCUGAUGCGGUAUUGCAAUGAAGAAGCACACGGUGAUGCAGAAAGAGAAACUGAACCUGAAAAACAGCCUACCUUGCGCGACACACGGCGCUGAAGACGGAGUCGGGGCAAUUUAUUGCAACGAAACAAUGAUCCAGUUGCAGUCGUCAAAACUUCUCUUGCGUUUUUAUCAAAACUGUACUUAAAAUAUGCCUAUUCAACACUGUAUGAUGCAGCUGAUGCUCUGCUACACUUUUAGUGGGUUGCUACACUUUGUUCGUGCUCAACCUCACGCAAAGCACAUCUAGCAUUUUUUCGCAGCGAAAUAAUCGAGACUCUCGACUCGCAACGACAAGUCCAACGUUGAUUUAUUCCCUGUUGGAUCAUAGUUUUCCAACGCGAUAAGAGUAACGACCCUAACGGAGGUGUUGCAGUGCGCGCAGGGUAUUAUCACCAUCCCGAAAAAGAAGAUGGUAGUCGAGAUCAAGCAGGAACAGGGGCCGGACGCGGAUGUGGAAAUAUUGUGCGGAAAAGUCCCCCCUUCCCAUAUUGAAACGGCACACUUCUGAAAAAUUGUGAUGCUGAUUUAUGGCCACAAGUCGCUGCAAGAAGGUAAGUCCCGAAAGCCCGCCGCACUAUGCGUGCGGUUUGUGAUGCUGUUAGACCUUAAGGGCAGACGUUUGCUAUUCUAAGCGCCUAGCUCAAAACAUCCCGGCCCAGGCUUUGCAUCUGCCUAUUUUCCCUUUCUGCAAGACAGAGCUGAUUUGUGUACGGAAAUCCUGCAUCAGAGAUGUCCACUUUGAUAUGGGAAGGGGGGAGCUUUCAUCUUGAUAGGAAACGAAGCGACUUUGCGACGCGUUUUUUCAACGGUUGACUGAAAAACCGGAACUUUACCUCGACCACAUCUCCGUGAUCAUGAGCUUUUAUGGAAAUAAAGGACUUGCUUUAAAACUUUUGUUUCGCGCAGACGCAACGUGGUACAGCACAGCAGGAUAGAAUCGUCUUCAUAUCGCUCGUAUAAGGCAUGAAAUGGCAAAAACUUUUUUUGUAUCUAUAUGAUUUGAGAGAGAUUCUUCAUACGGAUACGUCUACUUCUGUUCCACACCUCAUUCAGCUGCGCGACAGAAGCUACACGUUUGCGAUCCAUAUCUUUGACCGCCCGCUGAUUUCGGAAACCUGCCGGCGGUUUUACGAAGAGUUUUGGCCGAGCGUGAAGGAGAAAAUGGAGGGCUUGGAAAUCCAACCGCCGAAAUUCCUGCUGUUGCGGGUGUGCAAUUCCGAGUCGGUUCUGGAUGAGGUAUAACUUAUGCAUUACUAGUACUUUGCACCUGACGUUGUGGAUUAUGUGAGGAUAAUAUUCUUUCCUGACCAGCACCAGUGAUAAAUGUGGAUUGAUGCCGAGAAUCAAUAAAAACGAAUUACAAUUCUGACAUUCUGAGUGAUCGUAUACAAACUAAAAUAAAAGGCCAUGGUCUGCCGCCUCACUCCGGAAACGGACGUCCCGGGCCUGCAAGAUCUGCGGGCAGUUUCGCAGGCACUGAAAGUGGAGUCGGAGGUGAAACUGGACGGGUUGCUAGGUCGUGGAAAAAAGGAGAGGCUUUAUCAAUCUUGUCUUGCUGGUGAUGUUUUAUGCGAGUACUGUACGCCGCACAUGAAAUGAAGAUCCAUAUGCCGUGUCUUCUUCCCAACAGUACACCCAGAAUUCGAAUCAGAUAACUAUGCAUCAUGGGAUGGAGUUCUCCUUUCUUCUCUUCCAUACCCCUACCUGGAGUGGCAGGACGAUUUUCUCGAUGACAAAGUUGUCCAGGAAAAGUUGGCGGGCUUGUGCAAGUCUAUGACGGUGGGGGUCUGGUUUCCCGGUUGCCGCGAGUACUACGACCGAAGAUCCACCGCGAAUUUGCUGUCGGAGCUCGGGUGUUCGUUCAUCAACACUGAUUUCCCGAAGGAGUGGUUGGAUUGA